UGUGAACGAGCCAUUGUCUGCUCGUGUCUCAUUAGACCGGAUAAGAUGCCGUCGUGUUGUGUGUGGCAAUAUGCUGGUGGGGGCGAAUGCAGUCUGAUUUGGGUUUUUCCAGAUUCACGGAAAAUCCACAUUCGCCACCAACCCGUGCCAUUCCUGGACUUGCCGAAUAGCAAUGCCUUCUUGAAGGUCACGGAAAUAUACGUUGUGAGUGGUGACGAAUUGAAGACGCAGCAGGUGACACUGCUGUUCCCAAGCACAACGAGUGUUUUGUCACAUGCUACAGUAUAGAUACCGCUUUGCAAGGUUUAACGUCAGCAGAACGAUUGAAGGUCAGCGAAGAACUCAGCAGGGUCGUGCCCCUCAAAGUCAUUGAGAAGCCAAGCAGAGAUGUCAUGCCAAUGACAAAGUUAAGAACAAGAGAGACAAAGAUUAACAACGACAGUUUGACGCUCGAUCUCGAUGUUUUUGAGUUUGAGCGUCUUAUUGACUCAUCAAAGAUGAAUCAACGUGAAUGGGAGGAGAUCGCUGAAUGUAUAAAGGACAAUUACAACGAAUACACUGGCUUCGUGGUUGUCAUGGGAACAGACACAAUGGCCUACGCAAGCUCUGCCCUGUCCUUCAUGCUGGAGAACCUCGGAAAGCCAGUCGUCUUCACUGGGGCACAGAUUUCUAUCUUCGACGCCCGGAGCGACGGACCGGGGAACCUCCUCUGUUCCCUCAUCGUUUCAACGCUCGACAUUCCCGAGGUGCUGCUGUGUUUCAACAAGAAAGCCUUCCGUGCUAGCCGUGUUGUCAAGAUGGACUGUGUGGACUUUGACGCCUACGACUCGCCCAACAUGCCCGCCGUUGUGACACUGGAUUACACUGGGAUUUCAUAUAAUGUCCUGGUUGAGGAAAAGUUGGUCUUGAAGAAGCCAGAAGGUCCUCUGCGUGUUCAGAAGAUGCUCCCCAAGAAUGAUGUGGGUCUUUUAGUUAUCUUCCCAGGGAUGACACCGCAACAGGUGAAGAACACCGUGAAGGACUUACGUGGCGUGGUACUGCUGACAUUUGGGACCGGCAAUGUCGAUAACAAGGUCGUCGAUGCAUUGAUAGACGAAGAAGGAACAGAAGAUACAAAACGCCUUUUUGUCAACGUGACUCAGUGUCUGAAGGGGUCAGUGACGUCAGCCUACGCGGCGUCCAAGGGCCUCAAAGAGUUGGGAGUCGUCCAAGGUUGGAACAUGACUACAGAAGCCGCCUUCACAAAGCUCUGCUACGUGAGGGCGAAACGAGACGCCUUCCUAAAUCAGAAAAAGAUGAUGGAAGAAAACCUCCGAGGAGAGAUGGAUGUGAUCCCGAAUGAAAAUAUCCACAAUAAUUAGGGCUUAGGCGAAGAACAUUUUUUCUUUUAAGUUAGUUACACAUUCAUAUAUAUAUUCAUGCUAUUUUUGACACCUAGAUGACUUAUAUUGGGCGUGAAAAAAACAUUUAAUCAAAUUUCGCCAUUUCUUUUUUAACAUUUCGAAAGAUUUUUGACACCCAUUGUUUCUGUUUGAGGGUUUCCUUUUUAUCAUUUUAUAGAAAGGAAGGGAUGCGACAUUUAAUCAUGAGUGACAUGUACUGAGAAAUAUAUACUUGUAUUCAUACCCCUAAUUAAAUGGUAGACUAAUUCAACUCGUUCAAUCGCCGUUAGUACAUUCACAAUUUAUAAACAUAGACAUUUUUUCUUUAUCAAUCCAUAUCUUCCUGUACACUUCUGUCUUUGUAGAAAUGAUCAUGUUUAAACUUGAAUUGAAUAUUGAUUUAAUUAUAUAUCAUAUGAAAUAAAUAAAAUGUUGCAUAUAA